AAACGCAUCAUUAAGUGCAGAAAAAACCCAAGUACGGCUACGCGUUAUGUUUUUAUUCCCCUUACGUUUAAAUCAUUUAGUGUAGAAACAACCCAAGUGACAUCACUUGAGUUGUUUCUGCAUUAAACGUGUGUCAUGUGGCAAUGACGUAUAGACAAUUCGUCAGAUGUUUGUUUGUUUUGUUAUAACCUAUAAAAUAUUUUAGUGCAAUUAUUAUUAUUUGUUGAGGUGUUAAAGUAAAUUAAGCGAUUGUCCUUGUUUUUGUUUGAAAUUAGAUGUAUAAUGUUAGAAAGUAAAGAACCAGUAGCCAAAAGACGGCGAGGUGUUGUGAACUCAUCCAAAUAUUUGAGAAAUCAGGUUAAAUAUGGUAGAACUCAUGGAAAACAAUAUCUAAAUUAUAAAGGGAAUAGCGUGUCUGCAAAAACCAUUGGCAAACCAUGCAGCUGCCCCAUGAAAUGGUUUAUAAAAGUUGACGAAGAUAAUAGAAAAUGUGUCUUUACAAAAUUUUAUGAGAUGUCAUCAAAAAAUGAGCAGGAUACUUAUAUACAAGGUCGAAUUGAAAUAUGCGGGGUGAAAAGGCGAAGGAAGAUUACACAGCCAGGUAUCCAAACAAAUCGCUCAUAUAACCACUUUAUUAAGGCAAAUGCUAUUAAUAUUAAAAUCUGUCAAAGUGCAUUUUUGACAAUACACGGAAUUUCAAAAGAGCGCAUGAAAUGGAUUAAAAAGCUUUCAUGUAAUAACCAAACAUCCCAAGAUCAGAGAGGUAAAAACAUUAAUGUUAAUGUUGUAAGCGAUAGACACAGAGACGAAAUAAAGAAACACAUCUCAUCUUUUUCUGUAAAAAUGAAUCAUUAUUCGAACAAGGAGUACCAGUACCUUAAUGCUAAACUUAAUCUAAAAAUCAUGUACAACUUAUUUAGGGAAAAAUACCCAAAUUAUCCUAUCAAGUACAGCUACUACAUUAAGUUUUUUAAAGAAAACUUCCAGCUUCACUUCGGAAGGCCGCAAGUGGAUGUCUGCAAUACAUGCGAAGAUUUAGACCUUAAAAUAAAGAACCCUCUUUUAAAUGUUGAUGCUAAACGGGUGGCAAUAGCUGAAAAAAUGGUACACCAGCGAAGAGCUAAAAAAUUUUACAGUACUCUCAAAACAGCAACAGAGGAAUGCCAACAGCGAGAUGACUUGGUCGCAAUUUCAUUUGACUUUAUGCAAAACCUGCAGUUGCGAGGGUUUCCAACACAGGACAAAUUUUAUUUAUCACAGUUAACUAUUGGUUUAUUUUGUAUUACCAACUUGAAAUCUCAAAAAUCCUUUUUUUAUAUUUAUCAUGAAGGUAUAGCUUUCAAAGGGCCGAAUGAGUUAUGCUCCUUUAUUUUAGAUUAUAUUCAUAAAGAAAUUAAUGAGAAUGUAACUGAGCUGCACUUGUUUUGUGACAAUUGCCCAGGGCAAAAUAAAAACCUUUGCAUGGUUAAAAUGUGCAUGGCUCUAAAAUCAACAGGUCGAUUUGAUAAAAUUUCACAGUAUUUUCCAAUACGCGGGCAUUCUUUUCUACCCUGUGAUCGGGCAUUUGGGACCAUAAAACGAAAGCGCCAAGAACUAUUUGACUGUCAAGGAAGUUGCCACAGAAGAGAUGUUAAAUUUUAAAAAAUGGUGGCCGAAAUAUUAUAAGUUAUGUUGUGUAUCAGAUGACACUAAAACGAAAAAAAAAUAGAAGCGAGAAGGUACAGUUUUCAGUUUCCCAGUACCAUCACUUGAACCACGAAGAGAAUGAUGUUGUCAAGGCUUCCGAAUUUAUAGAUGGAUUCACCUAGCAUAAAUUUAGUGAUUUUCAUCAACCAAAAACAUGCAAGGAAAUAAUCAAACUACCAAUUGAUAAGGCAUAUAAAGGUCCACUACCAAUAGGAGCCGUUAAAAUGGAUAACUUAGUAACUUUGUUGCGUUAGGUGUCUAGUGAAUAUCAGGACUACUACAAAAAUAAUUUAAACACUCAUGCUCGUAAACCAGAGAAAGCUAAAAAGUAAAAAGAUUCGAAUAAAUACCUAUAAUUAAGGUAAACUUUAAGAUUUCUAAACCUUUGUAAUAAUAAAAUUAAUUUACUAAAA